AUGUGCAACACCGGCGCCAGCCCUCCCCCCUCGCCGCCGCACCUUCCGCCGCCCCUCACCUGCUUCAAGAAUUCCUCGCACCUGCUCCACCCCGUGGGUGACCACGACGACGACGACGACAGCCACCACCGCGCCCGCGCACUGGCGCUCUCCAAGGUGGCCGGCGAGGCGCGGGCGAUCGGGCGGCUGUCGGUGCCCAUGGCGGUGACGGGGCUCGUCAUGUACUCGCGCAGCUUCAUCUCCAUGCUCUUCCUCGGCCAGCUGGGGGAGCUGGCGCUCGCCGGCGGCUCACUGGCGCUGGGCUUCGCCAACAUCACGGGCUACUCCGUGCUCUCCGGGCUGGCGCUCGGCAUGGAGCCCAUCUGCGGCCAGGCCUUCGGCGCGCGCCGCGGCAAGCUCCUGGCGCUCGCACUCCACCGAACCGUGCUGCUGCUCCUCGCGGUGGCACUGCCCAUCUCCCUCCUGUGGAUCACCUCCACGGGCCACAUACUGAAGCUGCUCGGCCAGGACGAGGGCGUGGCCAGCGCCGCGCAGACGUUCGCGGCGUACGCGUCGGCCGACCUGGCGGUGCUGGCCGUCCUGCACCCGCUGCGGGUGUACCUCCGGUCGCAGAACCUCACGCUGCCGAUCACCGCGUGCUCUCUCUUCUCUGUGCUGCUCCACGGGCCAAUCAACUACCUCCUCGUGGUGCGCCUCCGCAUGGGCGUCGCCGGCGUCGCGCUCGCCGUUGCGCUCACCGACCUCAACCUGCUCCUGGCGCUUCUAUGCUUCCUCGUCAUCUCGGGGGCCCACAAGGACUCCUGGGUGGGUCCGACCUCCGACUGCCUCCGCGGCUGGGGGGCGAUGCUCCGUCUCGCCGUUCCCACUGCCACCGCGGUCUGCCUCGAGUGGUGGUGGUACGAGCUCAUGAUCGUGCUGUCUGGGCUUCUACCCAACCCGCGCGCCACCGUGGCCUCCAUGGGAAUCCUCAUCCAGGCCACGUCGCUCGUCUACGUGUUCCCUUCUUCGCUCGGCCAGGGCGCGUCCACGCGCGUCAGCCACCAGCUCGGCGCGGGUCGCCCGGCGGGCGCCCGCCGUGCCGCUGGCGCCGCGCUCUUCAUCGGCCUCGUCAUUGGCGCCGUAGCUUCCACCUUCAUGAUAUCCGUCCGCAACCACUGGGGCCGCAUGUUCACGUCGGACUCCGAAAUCCUGCGGCUCACCGCGGUGGCGCUCCCAAUCGCGGGGCUGUGCGAGCUCGGCAAUUUCCCGCAGACCGCCGGGUGCGGGGUGCUCCGGGGGAGCGCGCGGCCCGCCAGCGGCGCUCGCAUCAACCUGGCCUCCUUCUACCUCGUGGGCAUGCCGGUGGGGUUGGCGCUGGCCUUCGGCGCGCGCCUUGGCUUCGCUGGGCUGUGGCUCGGCCUCCUGGCGGCGCAGGCCGCCUGCGCGGUGUGGAUGGCGCGGGCCGUGGCCGCCACUGACUGGGACGUCGAGGUGGCGCGCGCCAAGGAGCUGACGAAACCCACUACCAGCUCCAACAACUCCGAAUGCAACACCAACACAUCAAGCGACAGUGCUGCCGCUAGCACCAAAAAAGCGGUAACUACUACUAGCAGCAAUGCCGGUGGUAACCAGAGCAAAAACGGCUACGUGCCGAUCAGCGAGAGCGGCAACGACGACGCGCUACAGAAACUGGAGGAAGGGCUCAUGUCCAUGGCCAGCUCUGGUGGUGCCAGCAGCAUCGGCGGCAGCAAUGGCGACACGAAUGCGGUGGAUAGAGACAGCGAGAGCAGCAGCAGCUUCAGCGGCAGCGGUGCUGUUUGUACGGCGGAGGAAGGAAAGGAGCAGUGCGUCUCGGAGAGGGCCCCGCUCAUCAGAGUGGGGGACGUGGAGGAGGAGGCGCACGAGCACGAUGGCGAUGGCGAUGGCCGUGGGGGCGGCCUGGUCUAG